GCGUGUAUCCUUCCGCAGAGCCGGUGUGUGCCUCCGCCGCAGCGCGCGCAUCUGCUCAAAGCCCGGACCUUAAAUCUCCUGUUUAGAGUUUUCUGUCAACAAUCUCUUCCUCUUUAAUCGAAAUCGUUUCAUUUGUCGUGUUCUGAGCGGCGCUGUUGGUGUUUUAUUCGGCGAGUCAUGGCUGACAUCGACAAACUCAACAUAGACAGCAUCAUUCAGCGCCUGCUCGAGGUGAGAGGGUCGAAGCCUGGCAAGAACGUUCAGCUGCAGGAGAACGAGAUCCGUGGAUUGUGUCUGAAAUCCCGCGAGAUCUUCCUCAGCCAGCCCAUCCUCCUGGAGCUGGAAGCGCCGCUGAAGGUCUGCGGCGAUAUCCACGGGCAGUACUACGACCUGCUCAGGCUCUUCGAGUAUGGAGGAUACCCACCUGAGAGCAACUACCUGUUCCUGGGAGACUAUGUGGACCGAGGGAAGCAGUCUCUGGAGACCAUCUGUCUCCUGCUAGCCUACAAGAUCAAAUACCCUGAGAACUUCUUCCUGUUGAGGGGAAACCACGAGUGUGCCUCCAUCAACCGCAUCUACGGCUUCUACGAUGAGUGCAGGAGACGCUACAACAUCAAGCUCUGGAAGACGUUCACGGACUGCUUCAACUGUCUGCCCAUCGCCGCCAUCGUGGAUGAGAAGAUCUUCUGCUGUCAUGGAGGCUUGUCUCCAGAUCUGCAGUCCAUGGAGCAGAUCAGAAGGAUCAUGAGACCCACAGAUGUCCCGGACCAGGGCCUCCUGUGCGACCUGUUGUGGUCUGACCCGGAUAAGGACGUGCUGGGAUGGGGCGAGAACGACCGAGGCGUGUCCUUCACCUUCGGAGCGGAAGUGGUGGCCAAGUUCCUUCACAAACAUGACCUGGAUCUGAUCUGCAGGGCUCACCAGGUGAGUCUUCAGCAGGGCUGAACAAGAAAUCGAAAUGAAAGAUUGCUGAGGCUGCAU